CUAACGUGUGCCUGGUUCUUUGUCUCCCUCAGAUGCAGCAACAGGAAAUGGCCCUGGUGAGGCAACGAGACGCGAACCUGACCGCGCUAGCUGCCAUCGGACCUCGGAAGAAACGCAAGAUGGACUCGCCAGGGGCCACGCCGUCAGGGACCGAGGUAUCAGGCAGCUCAGUGGGGUCGCCGGGUGCCGCCUCCUCCCCCUCCACGUCGUCACAGCGGCAACGUCAACGCGUCACCCGCGUCAAUCUCAGGGACUUCAUCUUCUACAUGGAGCAGGAGAGAGAGACAGCCCACUCACUUCUGCUCUACCGGGCUCUGCUCAAGUAGCACCCUCCUCUCUCUCCCAGCACCCUCCUCUCUCUCCCUUACCGUCUCCUUCUACCCCUGCAAUGUGCCUUCAAUCGGGUCAGAUGUUUCAGCUCAGUGUCUGUUGUGAUGUUGAUAAUAACGUAGCUUUUGAUUUAAAGGCGAGAGAAAAAACUCACUAAAACAUAUUGUAUGUGUCUUUAUCUGUUUUAGCUUCAUGAUAAAUACACUGAGUACCAAACAUUAAGAACACCUUCCUAAUAUUUCACUUUUGCCCCCAGAACAACUCAGUUUGUCCGGGUCUUGACUCUACAAGGUGUCGAAAGUAUUCCACAGGGAUGCUGGCCCAUGUUGACUCCAAUGCUUCCCACAGUUGUGUCAAGUUGGCUGGAUGUCCUUUUGGUGGUGGACCAUUCUUGAUACACACGGGAAACUGUUGAGUGUGAAAAACCCGGCAGCGUUGCAGUUCUUGACAUAAACCGGUGCGCCUGGGACCUACUACCAUACCCUGUUCAAAGGCACUUAAAUCUUUUGUUUUGACCAUUCACCCUCUGAAUGGCACACAUACACAAUCCAUGUCUCAAAAAUCCUUCUUUAACCUGUCUCCUCCCCUUCAUCUAAACUGAUUGAAGUGGAUUUAACAAGUGACAUCAAUAAGGAAUCAUAGCUUUCACCUGGAGUCACCUGGUCAGUCUAUGCCAUGGAAAGAGUAGGUGUUCUUAAUGUUUUGUACACUCAGUGUAUAUGUAUUUAGUGUUGACUUUAAGGCCAUGGUGAUGCAAACUCCUUGGGUAUUAUUGGGACUGGGUUUUUAAGGAGAAAUGGGGUUUUGUGUCUAAGGACCUGAGCCAGUACUUUUUCCAUGUCAGUUGUAAAUUUGAUGUCCCAGGCGAAAUACUGAAUGAACCAUCUCAAAGUGAUUUUCUUUAAAAAAAUCAUAUUCUGAACUUAAUACAGCCUACAAUAUUCUCUAGAACUUAUUUGUUGAACAAAGUUCAGUGAAUAUGGUCACACAAAACUAACAAGUCAUAGAGUGGUCUGAUUCUUUAUACCAGAAACUUACCAGAGCAGCUCUUUGGAAAGUUUAUCUUCAGAAAAUGGAUUACAGCAUAACAGAAAUCGAGCUCUUUAAAUGUAAAUAGUCAUUUUGAAUACUUUUAAACAGCAUGUAUGAUAUUUUUACCACAUGUAAUGUUAAUUACUCAGUACUGAGAUAUUCUGUAAAAUCAUGUGCAUUGAAAUGUGUUAUGAUGUUAUUUUAUUUGGAUCCCCAUUAUCUGACGCCAUGACGACAGCUAGUCUACCUGGGGUCCGACACAAAACGAAAAAGACAUUACAGACAAAAAUACUUUGUAAUUUACAUACAGUACAAUUAAAAAACAUGAACAAAUGGAAAAUAUCUGCAAGGUAACAUUUAA